UAGAAGAUGAAAUCUUCUAAAGAAUACAAGAACCAGAAGCUUCAACAAAGAGGAUGCAGGGCUUUGUGCUGCAGUUGCAGGCUUAGUGUCUCUUCUUCAGAAGAGGCAGAAAGCACAAGUUCAGUCCGAUAUGCGUCGAUCUCGAGUCUAGCACACGCUAUGGUUCAAGAGAGGCUUGACCAAAUGAUAAGAGAAAGGCAGGAGACAAGGCAUAAUAUAGAAAGAAGACGACAAAGAAGUGAGGGGACUAAGUUCGUUGUUAUGGUAGCCAUUGAGAAGUGUUCUUAUGAUCCGAGAGAAGAUUUUAGAAGGUCUAUGAUCGAGAUGAUUACGGCGAACAGGAUUCAAGAGCCCAAGGAGCUGCGCAGCCUCUUGAACUAUUACGUAUCUAUGAACCCUGAUGAGUAUCAUGGGAUUAUACUAGAAGUUUUCUAUGAGAUUGAUGAUCCUUGUGGAUUUUAUUAUAACUUCCCCACUUUGACGCCUUCAGUUAAGGAUACAUGA